AUGAAUAAAUAUAAAGAUCAAUUUGCGUUCAGCGUCUCUCAUACAACGAGGAAACCAAGAGAAGGCGAAAGGAAUGGUGUCGACUAUAUAUUUGUCACACGUGAACAAAUGAAUAAAGAUAUUGAAGAUGGAAAAUUCAUCGAUUACAAUUACAUUCAUAGAAAUAUUUACGCUACAUCAUAUGAAUCAUUAGAUAAUGUGACUAAGUCAGGAAAGAUAUGUAUAUUCGAUAUUAAUGUAAACGCAGCACUUAAAAUGAGACAAACAAAAUUAAAUCCUUUUAUUAUAUGCUUAUUACCUAGAACAAUGGAUGUUCUUGAAGAACGAAUAAGAUAUAGAGGACAGGAUGAUGAAAACUCAAUUAAAACUAGGCUUAAAACGGCCGAGGAAGAAAUCAAAUUGAUUAACGAAAACAAAGACAAAUGGGACAUGUUAUUAAUUAAUGAUAAUUCCAACGAAACUACUAAGUACAUUGACAAGCAGUUAUUUAAGAUGGUAGAAGAGUAA